GUGGAAUUUCUUUUAGUAUUGAUACAUUUGGCAACUACCUUGAUUCUCAAGGUAAAAUAAUUAACAAAGAUCUUGGGCUACGAAAUUUUCAGCAUGCUGGUGAAGCUUUAUGCAAUAUUUGGCAAUGUGAUAAAAUUUUUGGUAAACCAGUCUAUUGUGAAUAUGUUGAUGAGGAGUCGAUGCCUUUUUCGGAUGUUGUUUUUGAAACAAAUUUGGGUUGUAAUAAUGAAAAAGCCAAUGACGAAUAUGAGGAACCAGAAGUUGGAAAUGUUGAAGAUACUGAACAAGUUUCAUGGGCCUGGAUUGAAAAUCAUGCAAAAAUGUGCAAGUAUUCUUUGAAUAUUCGAAAAUGUGAAGUUCCUGAAUGCUGUUCACCAAAACGAGCUCCCGAGGUUGCCGCCUUUCUUGAACCUACGAAUGGUUUCCUUCCACUGGUAAUUCAAGACAAAGACAAUCACUUUUUGAACCCGAUUCAUACUGUAGAAUAUUUAGAUUCGGCAAAAUUAGCAAAGUAUAAUGAGCAUUGUCCUUCAAUUAGUGCAGAACUAUAUGCACGUCUUGUAUGCAAAAAAUGUAAAAAGUACUUUCCUAUACGUGCUUUUCUUUUAAAUCACAAACGUCUUGCUCACCCUAAAA